AUGUCAUCAAAUAAUAAAUUAAAUUUAGAAGCAGUUAUUAAAGGGAUUCAAACCAAUAAAAUAUUAGAAGUAUUCGAUAAAUAUUAUCAUGAUGAAAUUGUAAUGUAUGAAAAUGGUGAUUCAACUAAUCGUGUUGGUAAAUCUGCAAAUCGUAAAGCUGAAGAAUCUUUUGUAAAUAAUGCAACAAUUCAUGAAGCAAAAUUAUUAAAAACAAUCGUAGAUGGUGAUAAUACAGCAUAUGAAAUGUUUAUGGAUUUCACAUAUGGCGAACAUCGUAUCAAAAAGAGUCAAUGGGCAUUCCAACAAUGGUCAAAUGGUUUAAUUAUUAAAGAAGAAUUCGUUGAAAUUAAAACACCAUCAACACCAGAACCAUCAACUAAUAUCAAAUCAAAUUUAGAAUCAAUUAUUAAAGGUAUUCAAGAUAAUAAAAUAUUAGAAGUAUUCGAUAAAUAUUAUCAUCAAGAUGUAAUUAUGUAUGAAAAAGGUGAUUCAACUAAUCGUGUUGGUAAAUCUGCAAAUCGUAAAGCUGAAGAAUCUUUUGUAAAUAAUGCAACAAUUCAUGAAGCAAAAUUAUUAAAAUUACUCGUUGAUGGUAAUAAUACAGCAUAUGAAAUGUAUAUGGAUUUCACAUAUGGAGGACAUCGUAUCAAAAAGAAUCAAUGGGCCGUUCAACAAUGGUCAAAUGAUUUAGUUAUCAAAGAAGAAUUUUAUUAA